AGGCGUCUCGGAUAUUAUUGGUUAAUGGCGGCGGGUGGUAAUGUUCGUGGUUCCGCCGUCAAGGCUCUUCAGAAGGAAUUCAAGGAACUAGCCGAAACUCCAGUUGAGGGAUUCAAAGUUACCCUAGUUGACGAGUCGAACUUAUUUGUGUGGGAUGUAGCAAUUUUUGGCCCUCCGCAGACACCCUACGAAGGCAUACGCGGCAAGCGGAACAUCUAA